GAUAGCAGCUGUUUGCUCACCGUGUGGGAAAGGGGAACGGCCAACAUCACCCGCACAUGUGCCUGUCAAGACCCGACUGGGGAACGAGGAUUACACGUCGUACGAGGGAAAACUUCCACCACAAAAUCGGUUUUAGCAGAGAAGUGUCGUGAAUAGUGGCCUGUGAUUGUGUGCACGUGUUCCAGGAUGAGCGUGUUUCUGCUGCUCCUGUGUCUGGCUUUGCUGCAGCACGAUGGACGAGCGAGCCCAGAACCAGCAGGCUGCAGCGGCCCCGAGGCGGUGCGGGUGGCCGAGGAGGCCCUGGAGCAGAUCAACCGGGACCGGGACCAGGGCUACGUUCUGAGCCUCAACCGGCUGUACGACCUCUCGCACGCCGCUCAUCAGCAGAAACGAGGGUCACUUUACCAACUGACCAUUGACGUCAUGGAGACCAAAUGUCACAUCUCCAGCAGGAAACCGUGGAAGCAGUGUGAAGUCAGGGAAGUUAGCGAGGUUCCGGCGUACGGAGAGUGUGAGGUCUCGGCCAGCGCUGACUCUGGGGUCCGACUGAUGAACUACUCCUGCGUCCUACGAGAGGUUCCUGCAACCGCAGUAGUGACCGUGUGUCCGGACUGUCCUACGUCUGAAAAUCUGAACGAGCCGGUGGUGGAGGAGACGGCCAGUCUCGCCCUGCAGAGGUUCAACGACGAGAGCGGCCUGGCCAACUUCUUCUCCCUGGAGAACAUCACCAGAGCCAGUUCACAGUGGGUCGCUGGCCCGUCCUACUUCGUAGAGUUCACCAUAGUGGAGACAGUGUGUUCGAAGGCGACAGAUCGCAGCGAGCUGAGCAGCUGCCAACGCAUGUCCUGUCAGUUUGCUCAUAGAGGAUUCUGUUUUGGAUCACACGUGGCUCAAGAGGACGAGUUUGAAGUCAGGACCCCUGCGGUGAGAAGGCACAGCAGGAAGGCUGUAGAAGUGAAGUGUGAGAUCUACGAGCCUCAGGCGUCUGCUGGGGAGCAGCAGGCCAGUGCAGACGCAGACAGCCACGGCCACACACACCUUCACCCUCAUGACGCAGCCACGCCCGGCCCGGCUGCCUCCGGGCCACGCAGCCCCGUGGGCACUGUGGUGGCUCAGCCUGCCUCUCCCAGGGCCUCGCCAGCAGCCAGGUCCUGUCCCGGCCAGCGCCGGCACAAUCUGGGCCUGAAAGCCCUCAAACUCUGAUCAGAUCCGCCAUGAGUGGUUCCAUUAAAGCCCUCACUCAACUGGAA